UGACGGCGCAACAGUUAGUCCCUUUAGCUUCACUGGAAAUACUUCGAUACCAACAACACUUGUGUUAGCUGUAAGCAAGCUAUAUAUAGCUAGCAAAAUAGGAUACUGAAAAGACUGGCAGUGGCUGCCAACAAUGCAACGUUUCUCAAAGGGUGGAGCAAAACUGGAAAAUGUAUUCGAAAGAGCAAAGUAACAUCAUGUAUGAAUAACUUUAUUUUAACUCGCAACUACUAGCUAUGAGAACAGUUAACGUUCGCAAAGAAUUCCAGAAGAACUAACGUUAGCUAACUAAAUAACUAAGACAUGGCUACCACCAGGGAAAUACAAUACCGAAGCCCCACAGUGCGUAUCAAGCAGGAGCAGGACGAUGAAUCGGACACGGAGGAGUCUCACAUUGGUUUCAAGAAGUCGGAUGGACGCGAGUUGCAGAUAAUCCACAGUGGUCACUUCAUGGUGUCCUCGCCGCACAUUGAACACCCACCAAGAAAAGGUUACGAUUUCGACACAGUCAACAAACAAACCUGUCGGACGUAUCACUUCGGGAAGAAGUGUACAUCACAUCUCUCCAUUGACGCGUCGUUGACAAAACUUUUCGAAUGCAUGACCCUUGCAUACAGCGGCAAGUUGGUGUCGCCAAAAUGGAAGAACUUCAAAGGACUGAAGUUGCUGUGGAGAGACAAGAUCCGGCUCAACAAUGCUAUCUGGAGGGCCUGGUACAUGCAAUAUGUGGAGAAGCGAGAGAACCCUGUCUGCCAUUUUGUUACUCCUCUGGAUGGGACCGUGGACAUGGAGAACCAUCGUUCGGCAGAGUUACAGAAGCACAAGGAUGAUGAUCUAUCAAGCCUUCUCACGGGGCCGGAAGAACAGUUUUCGCUGUUUGGGGAGGUCUUUCCAGACACCUUCCUUGUGUCCCUUUAUCAGGAUGAGGAAAUGGCUGGGCGCCGCAUUGCUCGGAAGAGCCGUGAGUCACCCGUCCCCAUGGAGAUGGACCCACUCUUUGACAUGGACGUGCUGAUGUCAGAGUUUUCUGACACACUCUUCUCCACGCUGGCCUCCCACCAGCCCAUGGCCUGGCCCAAUCCCAGAGAAAUAGCUCAUGCAGGGAACGCAGACAUGAUCCAGCCUGGACUCAUCCCCCUACAGCCCAACCUGGACUUCAUGGACUCCUAUGAGCAAUUACAAGACUUAUUUCACAGCCUCCGUCAGCCCAUCUUCCCCUCUGCUUCCCUCACUGCCUCAUCUGCCACUCCUCUACACAGCAGCAGCUCUCAAUCCCAGGGCCAGCUUCUCUCCUCCAUGCACCUCUCAGCUGACCUCCUGUCCGCCAGUCAUGACCACAGACUCAUCGCCUCCCCAGCCCCCCUGACUAUCUCCUCCCUCAUGUCCAAUCAAACCAGUGGGACCAGUGGAAGCCCCUCUUACGUACAGAACUACAUGCCUCUGUUCUCUGGGCCGGUGCCCCCUAGUGCUCAUGCUGGAGGCUCAUCCCUCAUGCAACCCUCAGUCCUUCCCACAGUGCGGCACACCCAGCCCUGCCAGGGUGCUGCCACCCCAACACUAGUAGCCCCCCCACCCCUAGACGAUGCCACAAGCCUGGACGGUUCCCCGCCCUCAUCUGUCAUCACACAUACAACCACCUCCACUGUUAUACCCAGUGAUGCUGCCACCACCUUCAGUCACGGCUCUGACUUCAGCUCCCUAAACCGGGCACCUCCACCACCACCCCUCCAGCCCCUGGCACCCUCACCUGCCGCCACCCCACAACACCCCCAGACUUUCGCCCUGCCCAGACCCAUCCAGCCCUCUUGCUCCAACAAAAAGAAACGCCGUGUGCAAAGGAUUGUUCCUGCCAUCUCCUCGUCUCACCUCAUCCUAACAGGGCAUACCAGUGCAGUGAUUGUUACUCCAACCGCCCUGAAAGCAAAUGUGGUUCCCUCAACUGGCGUGGUAAUCGGCUCCUCCAGCCUAUCAAGGGCUCCUGGAUUUCACAUCCUUCCACAGACUCCGAAGUCUCCCCAGCUCAUUAUCCCUAAAGAGGAGACCUACUCUUCCAGCCGCAAGAAACAAGAACCCUCCACAAGUACUGGGCAUGAGGACCGUGGCUCAGGUCAGGGGUCACUGUGUGGGUCAGAGCAGGUCUCCAGUCCUCAGUCUCCACACAGCAGCUGCAUUGCUCUUUCUAAGAAUGAGUCCAACCAGAGCCGUAGGGUGACCCAUAUCACUGCUGAACAGAAGAGGCGCUUUAACAUCAACAUUGGCUUCAAAAUGCUGUGCAGCCUGAUUCCUGCUCUCAAGUCCCAGUCCAAUAUCAGUAAUGCAGGCACGCUGCAGAAGACAGUGGAGUACAUAAGGAAGCUGCAGCAGGAGAGGCAGCAGAUGCAGGAGGAGACCAAAAGGCUACGGGAGGAGAUUGAGGAGGUCAAUGCCUCCAUAAAUGUGUGUCAGGAGCAGCUGCCUGCUACAGGUGUGCCCAUCACACGCCACCGAUUCGACCACAUGCGGGAGAAGUUUGAUGAGUACGUGAAGAGCCGCACCCUUCAGAACUGGAAGUUUUGGAUCUUCAGCAUCAUUAUUAAACCCCUGUUUGAGUCCUUCAAUGGGACUGUCUCCACCACAAGCAAAGGGGAGCUGUGUGAGACCACACUGCAAUGGCUGGACCGUCACUGCUCCCUCCAUGUGCUGAGGCCCAGGAUGCGCUGGUGAGCUUUUUAUGCUGUUCCCUAUAAACAAACAAACACAAUCAGGAUAUUUUAAGCUGAAGAAAGCAUCAGCCAUACUGUAAGCAUACCGGUUACAUACAUAGCAUAUGUAUGAUGUUCUUUUUUUGUUUCUUAUAAUCAAGUCAUCCUUAUGUCUAACGUAUGCUUAUGACAGCAUUAUGCUAGCCUGUCAAAGAUACAUAGCUCUUCUCAUAGUUCAGAUCGUAUUUGUCUAAGAUACAGUUAAACAUUAUAGGUCAUAUUGCAAAAGUAGAAACUUUAAUUUCACGUCUCUCCUUUAUUAGUCUCAGAAACCUUGACCUACAUUGGUACAUUGUGGGAGGCAUUUAGAGAAACUACUUUUUUAUUAGGGGCGGCAGGGUACCCUAGUGGUUAGAGCGUUGGACUAGUAACCGAAAGGAUGCAAGUUCAAAUCCCAGAGCUGACAAGGUACAAAUCUGUCUUUCUGCCCCUGAACA